AUGCCUCGUUCGAUCUCUGUGAGCACCAUCAAACAAAGCAGAGAUCGUCUUCUACAACAAGCUCAAGCUAUCCAUUCUCCAAUCCUAUCGCGUAAUGUCGAUCGUGAGGCGCAGCAACAUCUUCGACCCUUUCUCCCUCGACGUCUUCGAUCCUUUCCAAGGCUUCCCCUUCGAUGCCUUCCGAUCCCUAGCCGAGAGGCAACCCGGCUUCGUCGAUGAAACCUCCGCCUUCGCCAACACCCGCAUCGACUGGAAGGAGACUCCCGAGGCGCACGUGUUCCAGGCGGACCUCCCCGGCCUCAAAAAAGAGGAGGUGAAGGUGGAGGUGGAGGAAGGCCGGGUCCUCCAGAUCAGCGGCGAGCGCACCAAGGAACAAGAGGAGAAGAAGGACAAGUGGCACCGCGUGGAGCGCAGCAGCGGCAAGUUCCUGCGCCGCUUCCGCCUUCCGGAGAACGCCAAGGUGGAUCAGGUGAAGGCGAGCAUGGAGAACGGCGUGCUGACGGUGACGAUCCCUAAGGAGGAGGUGAAGAAGCCGGAGGUGAAGUCCAUCGAGAUCUCCGGCUGAGCGAAGCUUUCAUUCAAUGACAACUCGAGGUUAUGUUUUUCUAAACCCUAAAUAAAUAAGCAAGUGCGCUAAGGGAGUCUGUUCCCCUGGUACUGGUGGCAGUGUGCUCUGUUUGUGUCUGUUUUUGUAUGAUGUAAAAGCGUUGUCUUGUUAAAUAAUAAGUCGGCGGUUUGUUAA